UUCUCUAUUAUUAGAAAAAGAAGAGAAUAUUUAAAAAGAAAAUAGAAAAGAAAAGGAAGAGAGAUCUCUGUCUUCUCUUCUCUCUUAUGAUCUCAGUUAUCACUCAACCAUUCUCUCAGUCUCUCUCUCUCGUCGUCCUCCUCCUCACUACGAAUUUCACAUUCUUCUUCUUCUCUCUUCCAAAUACAAAUAUACAAUGACCUUUCAUCAUCACAACAAAAUCUCUGAAUAUGCUUGAAGUGGAAGCCCAACUCUGAAAUUCAGAUCAGGAGGGGCAGCGAAACCCCAAGUCAUGUUCGGCUGCAAGUGCCUCUAUUGGAACAGACUCGCCGAUUUCUCACCCCCACAACUUGAAUAUUUCUCUCUCCCUCAACCCUUACCCACCUGGCCUCAAGGUCAAGGUUUUGCUUCUGGGAGAAUAAAUCUAGGAGAAUUAGAGGUUUUCAAAGUCACUAGAUUUGAGUUUGUUUGGUGCCAUAACCCAUCUCAGGACAAGAGAAAAGGUGUUACAUUUUACAAACCAGUGGAAAUACCUGAUGGAUUUCAUAUUCUUGGUCACUAUUGUCAACCUAAUAACCACCCUCUAAGAGGUUAUGUUCUUGUAGCAAGAGAAGUAAGUACCUCAACACUCGAAAUCGCUCAUGCUUCGAGUGAUGCUAUUGCUAAGCUACCAGCGCUUUGUGAACCACUUGAUUAUAUCUUAGUUUGGUGUCCUGAGGACUGGACCGAGCAAAGAUACGGUGGAUGUGGCUAUUUUUGGCUCCCGCAGGCACCUGAAGGAUACAUGCCAGUUGGGAUUUUGGUUACUAACAAGCCAAGCAAGCCGAGUUUGGAUGAAGUGAGGUGUGUUCGGGCUGAUUUAACAGAUGAAUGCGAUGCUUAUCGCCUAUUGCUCCUUAAUUCUAGUUCGGGAUAUGUGAAUUGUUCUUUUCAAGUUUGGAGUACAAGACCGCAUUGUAGAGGCAUGAUGGAGAAAGGAGUUUCUGUUGGGACGUUUUUCUGUAGUAGUAGCUGGAGUUCGGGAGAGGACUUAAGUAUUGGAUGCUUGAAGAAUCUGAAUCCGAAUCUCCAUGCAAUGCCAAACCUUGAUCAAAUUCAUGCUCUUAUCAAUCACUACGGUCCAACUGUUUUUUUCCAUCCCGAAGAGGUAUAUUUACCAUCUUCAGUUUCAUGGUUUUUCGAGAAUGGAGCUCUCCUUUACCGAACUGGUGUCACUACUGGCGAAACAAUUGACACCGAAGGCUCGAAUUUGCCUGGUGGGGAAACAAACGAUAGGAGGUUUUGGAUUGACUUGCCUUGUGAUAACCGAAGAGAGAUUGUGAAACGUGGGAACUUGGAAAGUGCGAAACUUUACGCUCAUGUGAAGCCAGCACUCGGGGGAACUUUCACCGAUAUUGCAAUGUGGGUAUUCUGUCCUUUCAAUGGACCAGCCACCCUAAGAGUUGGAGUCAUGAAUAUUGCUCUUAGCAAAAUUGGGGAACACAUUAGCGAUUGGGAGCAUUUCACACUUCGAAUAUCCAACUUCACUGGCGAGCUUUGGAGCAUAUACUACUCACAGCACAGCGGGGGACAAUGGGUGGAUGCCUAUGAUUUGGAGUACAUAGAUGGGAACAAGGCCGUUGUUUACGCCUCAAAAAGUGGUCACGCUUGUUACCCUCGUCCUGGAACUUACAUUCAAGGCUCAUCAAAGCUCGGGAUUGGAAUAAGGAACGAUGCUGCUCGAAGUAACUUGUUUGUGGAUUCAAGCGCUCGAUAUGAACUUGUUGCAGCCGAAUAUCUGGGAGAUGGGGUUGUGACCGAGCCAGGUUGGUUGCAGUUUAUGAGAUUAUGGGGUCCAACUAUCGUCUAUGACUCGAAAACCGAGCUGGAUAAGAUUAUCAAUAAGUUGCCUUUAACGGUUCGUUACUCGGUGGCAAACUUGUUUGCUAAAUUCCCAGGUGAACUUUCUGGGCAAGAAGGUCCAACUGGUCCUAAGGAGAAGAAUAAUUGGGUUGGAGAUGAAAGAGGCUAAAGCUUAGUAGUAAAGCUAUGAAACCUUUCCACUAUACUGUUUAUGAUUUUGUGAUUGUUUUGUUCAUAGUACACAAUUAGGAAAGUAUUGAUUUUUGAAAGCAGUAUCAUUUGUGUGAGAUUUUUGUGUAAAUUGAUUAUUUUUUUCAUACAAAUUCUAUAUGGGCAUUCUUAUUGGAUUACUAUCCAAGUCCCCAAGUGAGUUUUGAGUGAUGAGGAUUGUAUAUAGUGAUAGAUUGCAUAGUGCAUAUAGUUAUGAUAGUGUUGUUUGAACUUAUAAGCUUCUUGUGGUUUUAACAUAUGUGAAUAGAAAGAGGUUGUUUGAUGUUAUUUAAA